CGAUAUGCAAAUAAUCUGCAUCUGAAAUCCCUCUAUCACCAUCUCCUGUUCGCCAUCUCCUGUGCUUUUGUAUUCAGAGAGCCCGGCUAGCCCCGCUUAUCGACCGCGGGAAGCGGGCAGGGGAAUACCUGUCGGAGCAGCAACGAUAACUUAACACUUUCGCCGGUGAACUCUUUUUUUUGACAGGUAUUUGCUACAUACAACAAGAUGGCAUCCGAUACCGAUUCCCUGGUGGACCUUCAGUCCCUCGAAACCGUCUCCGAAUACGAUGGACAUUUGAUGUGCCCUAUCUGCCACUCUCCUUUCGUUCGCCCUAUGCAACUGAGUUGCGAUCAUAUCUUCUGCGAGACCUGCUUAGACACCUGUGCCAGGGCUCUGGACUCUUCGGACAGUAUUGUAUCCUCCCAAUCCCUUCCGGACGACUUCAUUUGUCCGACUUGUCGACUUCCUACCACUUCCCCGCCCAAGAGCGCUCCCAGACUCAUCGUGGCCAUGUGCGACGAAAUACUUGUGAAGUGUCCGUGGAGUGACCACGGAUGUGACGAGAUUAUGCAGCGUGGCUAUGUACGCUCACACUUGGAAAAACAUUGCAAUUACAGACUCGUCUCCUGUCCAGACGAGGAUUGCGACAAGAUGAUCCGUAAGAGAGACAUAAUCCUAGAUGGAUACUGUUUACACGAGCCAGGGACAUGCACAGACUGCGGCGAGGAGGUUAUACAAUUGAUGAUUGCCGAGCACAAGUAUAAAACAUGUCCCAAAGCAGAAGUACGAUGUUCGGGCUGCGAAGCCGUUUUUUUCCGAUGCGACCUAGAGGAGCACAAAAACCGUUGCUUAAAGACUGCUUGCAAAGCGUCAAUUUACGGCUGCCGUGCCAGAUUGCCUAAGUCCGAGAUGGGAACCCACGAACGGGCCUGUCCUCUGGCUAACCUUGGGCCAUACCUUGAAUCCCAAUCAACACGUAUCGCUUCAAUGGAAACCAUGAUCAGGCUGCUCCAACAACGGAAUGAGGUGCUCGAAGAAGGCAUCGCCAGCAUCAGAUCUGCACUCCAGGCAAACAGCCGGCCGUUGGCAGCUGGAGCAGCUACAAGCUCCUCUGAUACUUCGAUUGAAAACCAGCCUACCUCUGCUUCAGAACCGAUGAUUGACACCACAACGCGGGCCCAGUCUUCUACCGCCAAUAAUACAAACACAACAACCUACCUCCUUUCGAUCCAUGAAUCUCUCCGCGGGGAGGUUACCCAACUCGCCGACGCCUUGUCGGCUCUCGACGCCCGCGCAAACAUGACCAUACUGAAUGAGAACCUCCGGCUCCGAGAAGACAUGGCGCACAUAAGCGCCGGUCUCAACACCGUCAGAAUGCAAGUUCACAUGCUCGUUAAUUCAACCUUGCAGCAAGGCCAGCAGCGGAUGAUGGGCAACCGUCCCUCACCAACUCCUGGAAGUAGUGGCGUCAGCGGCUUAAACACACCCGGUCCAUCGACAUCUGCCAGCCAGGGACGAGGGAUUGUGGAGCUGCCAGAGAGAUCAAGAAGACUGAGCGAUAGCCGAGAAGGCACGAAACUCUGAAACCACCCUGGUAGGCAUCCGAGUACAUUUUUAUGUUUUCUCUCCCUCCGUCUUACAGUAUCUUUAAUUUUUCUCCUUCUUGAAACGAUAUCUCUUGCUACUUGUACAGUACGAUUGCCGCCUGAUAUAGGCCAGGUUGAUUUAGCAUUGAAACCGACGAGAGCACGGGAACGCAUGUAUGGACAGCAUUCAUUUACUUUCAUGUACAGGGUACUUUACUUAUUAGCUGUACUCACUUAUCCUGAAG